GAGAGAAAGAGAGAGAGAGAGACAGAGAGAGAGAGAGAGAGAGAGAGAAACAGAGAGAGAAAGAGACAGAGAGAGAGACAGAGAGAGAGAGAGAGAGAGAGAAAGAGACAGAGAGAGAGACAGAGAGAGAGAGAGAGAAAGUAGCUUUCCAACAUUAGCGGAGUGGAUUAGCGGAAGGAGUCCUCCUCCAGGGCUGAUUUGCUGGACACUGCGCUUUCAAUUCUUGGCUCCACAACGAAUCAAGAUCCGGAUUGACUGAUGCUUUAAGGACAUCGCUUAACCAAGUGACUGUGGAAAUCUCAUUUUGGUCCGAUCUUUUCAUCAGAGUGCGUGGCUUGCGGUGAACUUAUUUGUAGCAAGGGGAACAGAACUUCAGUAAGACAUCGCUCGGAAAGAAAUCUAGGAGAUUUUUAGAUUUCCCUCCUAUAAUCCUAUAAUCGUGAGACUUGGUAAUGAUUGUUUCUUUUUAGAAAACGCUUUCGUUUCUAGAAUUCGCAGGUUAAAACCCAGUUUGGUUUGGUUUGGCCGCUUUAAAAACAUUUUCUUUUUAACGAGAAGUAAUGUUUCUGGCCUCUCUAGAAAUGCACUUCUAACAGACGUGUGUUGUAAAAUCCGUUUCAGCUGCUCUGGUAUGUUUUGUCCCACAGUUGCACUACUGCAUAUCUCCAUUCUGUGUGUGCGUUAGUGCGGGUUAUUCACAGUGUUGCUAUGCAGACAGACUGGAGCCACAUUGAACCCCAGUCUGAGGGUUAGGCCUGGGCUGCUCACACUCAAAGAAAUCUUUGAAGCAAAGGAGAACCUCUGCAAUUUGUGUAGUUGUGUAGGAUAGAUAGCGUAUGUUACACAGCUUGGUGUAUUAGUGUUGAUUUUUCAGGAUGCUGUUUUACAGACAGAGAGGAGCCUUAUAAAAGCUGCUGGUAACAGCCAUGACAGAGCACAUCCUGUUAUGCAGCUAAACAGAAUGUGUGAGGCAGCAUUUGAAUCUUCUGCUUGUAGUUUGCUUUGUGUUUAAGCAUACACCAACAUUACCACCCAUAUUUCUUCAAAUAAAGAAGCAUAUGCUUUCAUGAGAAAAAUGUACUGAAUGCCAAACCUUCUAUGGUGUCUAGAAAUGAAAUAUUUUAUUUUAAUUUAAAUGUGCAACUUUAUUGUUUUAAUAGAAUUGUGUCUGAAAUUAAUUUUGCUUUAACUUGUUAGAUAUACAAAUUGUUGCAAAAUGAAAAAAUCUCUUUUACUGAAUAAUUAUUUGAACAACACAAACAAAGAGUCAGUUGUGAUCUCUGUCCCAGGUACAAACAAGAAAUUUAAGAGAAAGUCCCGUGAGCCUAAAAGACUUUGUACUGGUAUUGAAACUGAAAACAUGAGCAGAUUCCCAGUGGACAUGUCAGGAAUAGACUUUGUAGAUGACCAAAUGGUUAACUUCAGCAAACCGGCUCCUCUCCAGAGACCACUGAUGGGGUCACAUGACAUUAUAGCCAAUAGCAGUGACAUUCUGUCUGCAAGACAAGAAGACAGUCCAGCACCAGGCCAGAGCGGCGCCAUAGAUAUGAGAGUUGGCAUUAACAUACCACUAGUGUCUACUAAAGUGUCCCAGUCACCUGCCUCUCCUCUGUCCUAUCAUGAAAUAUCCCACUGGCCAAUUUCCAUCUCUCAGCCCUUGAACAACAGACUGAAGCUUGGUCUGCACUCCACCUUACCUGUGCCAGCACCAACCAGUGGCACCAUUUCUCCCAGCCAGCAGGCAUUGUGUUGGGAGUCCUCACUGCCUGGCCAGCCUGCAACAGCACCCAGAGCCUCCGAGUGCUUCGACCAUGUCAAAACUCAAGUCUCUGAACAGAAGGAAUCUCCAAGGAAGAAGGUCGGAGUUGAUGCUGACACACGGGCACGUCUUCCAGAGGUCAAAGCUAUCCAACAGACUAGAAGGCUACUGGCCAAUGCCAGGGAGAGGACUCGUGUUCACACCAUCAGUGCUGCAUUUGAGGCACUAAGAAAACAGGUGCCAUGCUACUCCUAUGGACAGAAACUUUCUAAGCUUGCUAUAUUACGUAUUGCUUGCAACUACAUUCUGUCUUUGGCUCACUUAGCUGAGCUUGACUACAGUCCAGAUCACAGCAGUGUGAGCUUCUCUCAGUGUGUGGAACAGUGUACCAGGACCCUACAGGCUGAAGGGAGGAGCAAAAAGAGGAAGGAGUGAUGAUCUUGGAGGCGGAUUCUUCAACUCGAGGAAGAAGUGGAUGAAAAGUUUGACUUAUGCAUUUCAUAAAUUGUCUGUUUACACCCAAUUGUGAAACUGAGUCUGUGUCAGAUAGUUCAAGAUACAAAGUUAACCAUGGAAAGUACCAAUAGAAUCAAACAGCUACAACACAGGUGUCAAACUCCAGUCCUCAAGAGCCACUUUCCUGCAGUUUUUCGAUGUGCCGCAGGUACAAAACACAGGAAUGAGACGUCUCAGUUACCUCCUCCUUGUGUAGAUCAGUUCUCCAGAGCCUUAAUGACCUGAUUAUUCUAUCCAGGUGUGGUGCAGCAGAGGCACAUCUAAAGGUUGUAGGACACUGGCCUUUGAGGACUGGAGUUUGACACCCCUGAGCUACAGUAUCGGUAAUGAUUAUUGUAGAUUUUGACUAUUGUAAAAGAUCAAUUUGUCUUUUUUCCAAAUGAGAAAUUUAAAUUCAUACAAGAAAUAAUGACCAAACUUCUGACCAGCACAUUAAUGUACACAAUAAAAAUGUAUUCACCCACUUGGAGAUUUCUUCAUGAAAUUGCAGAUUUUCCUCAAUUUUUAGAAAGUUGAUUUGAAUUUAGAUAUUACCAAGCUUGAUAAUUGUGAAACCUGCACCAUCAGGAAAUCAGUCAAAUAAAAUGUCUGGCAUAUUUUCAGGC